GUUCAAUUUUCUGGCGAUUGACCUAGGACGGUACAGGCACUUAUGUCGACAUAGCCUGGCCCCGUGGCACUACACGAAAGAUUACUGCCUCAUGUUUCCUUGCAUAAGUAGCCCCCAUCCAUCCUCAGCAGCUCCCAUAUCCUUCAAUGGCUUCAACUUCCGACUACCAUCUCCAGCCUGCUACUAACUGGUCAACCGAACCUCCUCCUCUCGUGGGAUACCUAAGUCGUAAAACUCUUCCCAUAAAGCGCAACGACGCAGAACCUCUCACCCGAGAGGACGUUCAGUUCGAUCUCCUUGGCCAUAUAUUCAAUGACAAGCACAAAGUUUUCACCCCCCAAGCCCCCAGCGAGGACCCCAAGGUCCACUUCUGCGAUCUCUACGUCAAUGCGUUGUAUAUGUCACACAAGUGUUCCAAAGUCCUCAAAGACAAGAUGGCCGAGACACCUGCUUUCGCAGUCGAGCUUGCCAAAAUUUCUCUUCUGACAAACGUGGGGCGCAUCAACACCACUAUGGCAUUCUUUCCAGAAAUGAAGACAGCCUUGCGGACUUAUCAUCCGGUACCCUCGCUUCAAAAGACCGAUGGUAAUGCCCAAGAUGCCCCGCGGAUCAAGAACUGUCUCAAGGCUGCUUUGCUCCCAUCUGAGCUUAAGAACAUGCCUCCGUCUACUCCGGAAGAAAUCUUGCAGAAGAGCAGGGCUCGUGAACUUCCAUCUACAAGUGUUGUCAAUUUAAUAUUCGUUCUAGCAAACCAUGCGGGCGUAAGGUUUCUAUUUGUGUCUAGUCUCCUCGCACUGACUGCUUGUCAGCCCCUUGCAAGUACUCACUUCGAUCCGCCCCUGAACUUCCUGGAUCUUUUUUUGCCCAUCAACAUAGCUUCAGCUGACCGCGCGCGCGCGUUCCUAUGGCUCGUAUUUCACUAUCUGGAGGGCCCUGAUCAACCAAAUCCGUACGAUGAUGACUACUCCCGCCAAAAUCCCGGCAAGGUUCCUUGGCUGCGCCGUCUCACAGAAGCAGAGAUGGCACAGGAAAAUAUAGACUCUCCUGAUGAAAUCGAAUGGGGCAAGUCGAUGUCAGCACAAAGAAACCUCUUUCUGCAAAGACUCGUCCACUCUAUCGAAAAAGAGAAAAAGGUCAAGGCCGCUGCGUCUACAUCUAAAUUGACUGAACCCACUUCUGGUCGUUCAAGACCCUCAAGAUCACAGCAAGAAGGUACCAGGGACAAACCUUACAUCCAUUAUCUUCCCCCCGACCGUGCACCCCAGAUUACCCGUUCUGUUAGCGAAGACCAUAGAGUUAACUAUAGUAGCUCUCGUGGACCUCAUAGAAGCAUGCUGCAACAUGCUUGGCAGGUCGUCACUUCUACCGAUCCCUUGGCAGACUCGGAUGAAGAACUACAGGACGAACACGUUAGACUUGACUACAGCAGACGUGUAGACGUCAUUGCUCGAUUGCGUGGGCGGCCUCCAUCACCGCUUCCAGAUCUACUGCCACCGGCCAGCAGCACUAGUUCAUACCCGCCACCUAGUAGUAUCUCUGAUACCCGUGAACACCGGUGGCGAACGGUGGAAUCGUGGAAGUAGUUCGCAGUCACGCGUCCCACGGACAAAAGGAAGUAAUCAAGUACCGACAGCCCUUGUGUGCAUAAUACCCAUACCCAAGGGGAUAUACUCCCUCGGAAAAGUUGUACUCGUACUAGUAAGAACUACUAAUGGCAACACGUAAAUGAUGGUGUGUAAGCGUAGGCAGUGGUGUCGAAGGAGCGCACGUGUACCAGAC